AUGUUGGCAUGGCAGGAUGGCGGGGCCAAGGCGGCCCCUUCUCACCACAAGAUCUCUUUCUCUGUCCUGGACAUCUUGGAUCCACAAAAAUUUACGCGAGCUGCGCUCCCGCCGGUGCGUCUAGCUGCCCCGGAAGCCAAGAAAAGUUUAGCGGAGGUGGAAGCAGGGGAGGACGCCAGCCCCGAGUCUACGAUAGGGUCUCAGGAGACCCCUGAUGCCGCGGGCGGAGGCACUGGUCUCGCGUCCCCCCUGGAAGGUUCCGAAGCGGAAGAGGAGGAGGAAGCAGAGGAUGAGAGGCGCGCGCAGCGGCCGGAGCGGCCGGAGCACUGGCACCGGGUUCACGAGGGAUCUCCAGAGGCCCGGGUGAUGGCUGCGGGAGCAGGGGAGAGCGGUGUGGACGGGCUCCCAGCGUCCCCCGGCUCCCCCGGCUCUCCGCGGCCGCGGCGCCGGCGAUCCGAGCCUAGCUGUGCCAAGCCACGGCGCGCGCGCACCGCCUUCACCUACGAGCAGCUGGUGGCCCUGGAGAACAAGUUCCGAGCCACGCGCUACCUGUCGGUGUGCGAACGCCUGAACCUGGCGCUGUCGCUCAGCCUCACCGAGACGCAGGUCAAAAUCUGGUUCCAGAACCGCAGGACCAAGUGGAAGAAGCAGAACCCGGGGGCCGACGGCACCGUGCAGGCAGGAUGUAAUACGCCGCAGCCUGGGACACCCGGCUCCGUGGCGGGGGCCUGUGGCAGUGGCACCGGGAGCAGUCCUGGCCCACCGGUUCCGGGCGCUCUGCCCUUCCAGACUUUCCCCACCUAUCCUGCGACCAACGUCCUCUUUCCCUCGUCCUCCUUCCCUCUGACGACAGCCGCCACAGGGAGUCCCUUUACUCCUUUCCUUGGGCCCUCUUACUUGACCCCUUUCUAUGUCCCACACCUAUAAACCCGGUACUCCAGCCGAGUUGGGAUUCGCGAGUGACCAGUAUGUUGGUGUGGACCCCUGCUUCACAGAGGGGCACUGACCGCCCCCUCCUGGUGUGCUGGUGUCUGUGUGCCCCUCCUCUCUAGCUGCUGGUGACGCCACCAGAGGGCGAGGAGAAGCCACCUGCUGGACUCCAUACAGGCCACUAAGGGGUCCAGAAAGUAUCCAGACCAAGCUGACUUAAAAUUUUCCAGCUUCUGGACGUUGCUCUUCACUUUCAUUCACUUCCAGGGCUCUGUUUUGUUUUGUUUUUUUAAGGGUCUUGGUAUUCAAUACCAGGCUAAUGAGGGUUCCCAGGAUAGACCAGAGGGAGCCAAGAUGCCCUGGGCACCAGCUGCUAGCGCCAAAGACUGAAUAUUUAAAGGUUCCGGUACAUUCCGAGAGGAAGAACUUUCCUUCCUGGUGGUGGAAUUGUCUCAACACAGUACUUCCUCUCAAAUCCUGAACAGAGCUGGGGCAAGUUGGACCCAAAGCAGAUGCAGCACUGUUUUCAAGAUGCAUAACUCAGCAUUUCUAGAUCUUCUUAUGAGAUUCAGGCUUGAGCCAGUAACUGAUGCUAACAGACUACCUUAUUUUCUGUGUGCAGAUGCCACAUGUAUGUACCAGGAAGUUGUUCAGCUUUGUGCCUAGACUAACCUCGAAAAGACACAACUUCGUUGCCUCACAGGUUUUGAGAGCAGCUUGGAUAGUCUACAUCAGUGCCCUAAAUGCAUAAAAAUGACAGUAAAGGGAGUGAUGACCCAUAGGCUAUGGUGAAGUCUGUGUGUGAGCUGUUGUGAUAUGCUCCUUUGUCUAGCCUACACCUUCAUGGACUUCAGAACUGACAAGUUGGAGCAGAGCAAGCUCCACCCACAGGCAUUGCAGUCAGGCAUUUGACUACAUUUUUUGGAAGCACAAUGUAACAUUUAGAAUACCUGAGACAAUUCUUGUUUUAAAUAGUUUUCUCCCCCUCCUCAUGAUGAUGAACAAGCAAAAGUUGUAAGAGGCUGGGAAAGAAAUACUUCCCAAAUAUAAAGAGCUGUGAAGGCCAAAACCUUGUUGGGAAUAGGCUCCAGGAUACAUAUGCUUUAAUUGCUGCUUUCUUUGUGUUGUGUGAUAUUUUGUUUGUGUUCUGACAAAUAAA